ACGGCAGAGAAAAGUGAUGAGAGUGUAGAACAAAACAAGCGAUAAAACUCCUCGGCGCGGUGCAUUUAUCGACACCCCGCAACUGUUCCAGGCCGGAGCGCUGCCGCUUCACCGGGAAACUGUCAAGUGCGGCCAUAGGGACCGCGUCGGGCGGCUGAGGUUGACUUACUGAGCUAACUGUUUGCUAACUAGCCGCUAAAGUGGCAGGCGUCGCUACCGUUAGCUAACGUUAACUGCGGAAGGCGAGUGAGGGGAAGAAGGCAGCUCGAAGGAGACGCCGACAAGACAAGCUCAACACUUUUUCGCCGCAAAUAAGCGACUUUUUUGCCUUGCUACGACCGCUACCUGUACAGGGUUUGCAGUAGGAUCGUCUGCAUCGGAGGUUUAACAAGAAAGUAACGAGUUGGAAAGCAGAAAAAGACGAUAAAGGCGUCAUUUUCUGCUCAUCUGACGCCAUGGCUCACUCCCCUAUUCAGGGUGGACUACCGGGCAUUCAGAAUCUCAGAGCUGAUCCUGAAGAACUUUUCACAAAGCUGGAGAGGAUAGGAAAAGGUUCUUUCGGUGAAGUCUACAAAGGCAUCGACAAUCAGAACCAGAAAGUUGUUGCCAUUAAGAUUAUUGAUCUGGAGGAAGCCGAGGAUGAAAUAGAAGAUAUUCAGCAGGAGAUCACGGUUCUCAGCCAGUGUGACAGCCCUUUUAUCACCAAAUAUUUUGGAUCCUAUCUCAAGGGCACAAAGUUAUGGAUUAUCAUGGAGUACUUGGGUGGAGGAUCAGCUCUUGAUCUAUUGGAAGCUGGUCCUCUGGAUGAAACACAGAUCGCUACUAUCCUGAGAGAAAUCCUGAAAGGGCUUGAGUAUCUGCACUCUGAGAAGAAAAUACACAGAGAUAUCAAAGCUGCCAACGUGUUGCUAUCAGAGCAAGGCGAUGUGAAGCUGGCAGACUUUGGAGUGGCAGGCCAGUUGACAGACACGCAGAUAAAACGGAACACGUUUGUUGGAACGCCAUUCUGGAUGGCACCUGAAGUCAUUAAACAGUCUGCCUACGACUCAAAGGCGGACAUCUGGUCAUUAGGAAUAACAGCGAUAGAACUGGCGAAAGGGGAGCCGCCGCACUCUGAGCUCCAUCCUAUGAAGGUCCUAUUUCUCAUCCCAAAGAACAAUCCGCCAACACUGGAAGGAAACUACAGUAAACCACUAAAAGAAUUUGUUGAAGCCUGUUUAAAUAAGGAGCCUAGCUUUAGGCCAACCGCCAAAGAGUUGUUAAAACACAAGUAUAUUGUGAGGCAUGCCAAAAAGACGACCUACCUGACGGAGCUGAUCGACCGAUACAAGAGGUGGAAAUCCGAGCAGUCCCGGGACGAGUCCAGCUCGGACGAAUCCGACGAGGAGCUAGAGAGGCAGGGGCCUGGAGGUGACGAAGCGACAAACGACGACUGGAUCUGGACCAUCAAGAAAAAGGAUCUGAAGAAGAUUCAGAACGGAGCGGCUCAGCCUGCCGAGUUAGAAAGGACGCCGGAGGUGCAGGAGAGUCCAAGGAGGCCUUUGUCACAGAGCUUAUCAACAAUCUUCUCUCCGCUGUUUUCUGAGCUGAAAGAGAAAGGUGGGGCAAGUAAUGGCAAACCAGAGACGGCAGAGGCGCUGCAGGAGGCCAUUUUCCAAGCAGAGGAAACUCACCCGGGAAUCUGCGACUCCUUGGUGGCUGAGCUCGUGCAGAGACUCCAGAGGUUUUCUGUCCCACACGCAGCUGCCUCUCAGUGAGAAGAGCUCGGUCCGGCUCUGCUCCACUUCCCCGCCCUGAUAGUAGCAGUCAGACCGCUUCCUCUGACCUCCACAGCCGGGAUGAAGUCUCCCAGGAAGGUCUCCACCGCUCACUUGCCUGAAGCGAAUCCCGGCCUAGUUAACGUGUGUUCAUAUGCUAGCGCAGCGCCAGAGGGUCCUAUUCAGGACAGACAGUCACCUGCUGUAAGAUGUCAAUACCUCCUCCUCCUCCUCCUCCUCCUCCAGCGUUUUAUUUGAAGCGUCAGCAGUGAUCUUUGUGGAAUGACUCUUUGAGUUUUUGGUUUUGGUGAGGUGUGUCUUUUUUCCACAAAGGUUUACAUCCAGCGUUCGUUUGGAGUAAAGACUUUGCUUGAUUGAUUGAUUGAUUGAUUGAUUGAUUGCGUGCAUGCGUGGCUGUGCUGUGCGAGCUGUCCGGUGGAGAGUGGCGUGCGAGUAUUGUUUUAAAAACUCAGGUAUCCUGCUUUAAGUGGAUUGGGUCCUCUGGGAGACGGAUGGAGCGCUACAGGGUGGCUGUACAGACUUGUAAAUAAGCUGAUUUUUACAGAGUAAUGAAAAAACAACAAAAAAAAAAAAACAAAAAAACAACAAUGGCUCGUUUGGAACCGCUGUGUACAAAUGGCCAAAAUGCAAUUUGUAGAUAAUGACAGUGAGGAAAAUAUUUUGCGAGACAAAAGUGGCCACAUACGAGAUUGCCUUGCCUUUGUACUUGUUCUUUUGUAUAUCAGUUUUUGAUUUCUCUCUCCAGCUGGUCUCGUGUCGUUUGAGACUCUUCUCGAAUCUCUUCAGCUCUUUUGGGCUCCCGCCCUCAUCGCCGUGGCUGUAACUCUGACGGAGAAUGUAGAAACUGGCUGGAUCGCUGAAGCCCCACCAGCUUUAGACACUGGACGCUCCGUCUCCGGCUUGCUGCGUUUGCUGUACUCCGCUUCAUCGCCCCCCC